UAGACUACCUGCAGCACGUGAAAAUGUCACAUCAGCCUACACAUACAUCAACCUGGGAAGAGGCCAAGCGUGGAAUCUGCAGUAUUCACUGAGGGCAUUACGGUGUCUGAAUACAUCGACUGGAAUUGUGUCCACAGUGACUAAUUGACCAGCCUCCAAUAUUCAGUCUCCAAUUAUUCUAUAAGAUAACGCGAUGGACAGCAUGACAAGGAAAACAAGACUGUGGAUUUUUCAUAUCUUUCUUUGCCUUGGGAUUGUGUAUUUAAAAAUUGGGGGCCUGUCCUCCGUGUGGGCGCUCGGCGCCGGAAUCAUCUGCAACCGGAUCCCGGGGCUCGCCCCCCGCCAGCGCACGCUGUGCCAGGCCCGGCCGGACGCCAUCGUGGUGGUGGCCCAGGGCGUGCAGAUGGGCAUCAAGGAGUGCCAGUUCCAGUUCAGAAACGGCCGCUGGAACUGCUCCACGCUUGGACAGAGGACCAUCUUUGGAAAAGAACUGAAAGUGGGCAGUAAGGAGGCGGCGUUCUCCUACGGUCUGAUGGCGGCGGGCGUGGCUCAUGCCCUCACGGCGGCCUGUGCCCAGGGCCAGCUCCUCAGCUGCGGCUGUGACCCGGAGAAGCAGGGCCAGUACUCCCCGCGCGACGGCUGGAGGUGGGGGGGCUGCUCCGCCGAUGUGCGCUACGGCCUGGGCUUCUCCAGAGCCUUCAUGGACGCCAGAGAGGUCAAACAGAACGCCCGCACCCUCAUGAACCUGCACAACAACGAGGUGGGCCGUAAGGUGCUGGAGGGGAACCUGCGGUUGGAGUGUAAGUGUCACGGCGUGUCGGGGUCCUGUGCCACGCGGACGUGCUGGAGCAGACUGCCCUCGCUGAGGCAGCUGGGGGCUCUGCUCCGGGAGCGCUACCUGCAGGCCGUGCAGGUGGAGGCCGUCCGAGCCCGCCGCACCCGACGCCCCGCCUUCCUCAAGAUCCGCAAGCACGCCCACCACAAGCCCUCGCCCUCCGACCUGGUCUACAUCGAGAAAUCGCCCAACUACUGCGAGCAGGACGUGAGGACGGGCAGCGUGGGCACGCACGGGCGGGUCUGCAACAGGACCGCCCACCAGGCCGACAGCUGUGACCUCAUGUGCUGCGGGCGGGGCUACAACACACACCAGUACUCCCACGUGUGGCAGUGCAACUGCAAGUUCCUCUGGUGCUGCUACGUCAGGUGCAACACCUGCACAGAGAGGACCGAGGUGUACACCUGUAAAUGAGCUUUCUUUACGGAACUCCUCCACACACACACGCAACAUGUCUUAUCUUCAUUUACCCAGGCUGCUUCUCCACAUCAGUGCUGCCCCAUCCUGCCAGCACACACA